ACAGAAUCUCAUAGAGUAGAUAAAAUUAUAUGUAGUACUUGUACAUGUAAGAGAUGUUCCCAUAUACAAUACAUGAUCGACAAACAGGAGGAUCAGAAUGGCAAACCGUAAAACAUAUAAAUACUGUAUUAAUUAUUAAUUAUUAUAUAUAUAGCCGGAUAUAUAUAUAUAUAAUAAGUUUAUUAUAGGUAGAAGUUUGAUUUUGGCUAAAUAUUUUGGGACGGAGGUAGUAGUAAUUUAUUUGUGGGGCGUGUACAGUAGUAUCAUAGUAGUACGCAUAUAGGCUUAGGUACGGUACGAAUGUGCGCACCCGCACGCAAUGAGUAAUUAUGAUAUGGGCUGGGCUGGACGCAUGUACCGUUUGUCUCGAAGGAAACAGUGUUCCAAACCAGAUCAAAGGUCACCUGCAUAUUCUGCUGCAUACUAUUCCCCAAAAUUCCAGGGGAACCCGUCGUUUGAUUGCGAAUUAACAAGCAUGUCACCGGAUGAUUUGAGGCGAUGGAGAGGUCGUAGAUCCAGCUGUUGUGGGGGAGGGUCAGCACCUGCUCGUUGCCGAAAUCCAAGGACAGGCUCGGGAGGGACGGAUUUAUUUUGCCGUUGUAACAGGGUACGCCUAGACGAGCUGUCAGAUCCGUGUGCUCUUCAAGUCCGGGGUGGAACCCUACCGCUUCUGUGAGCUCGAUGUAAGCUUUCGAAGGCAGGUACAUGGCCGUGGUGCCGGUGUCGAUAAUCAUCUCCUCCCCUGCAUCUCCCACUAGUUUCCCCCCGAGGUAUAUCCCCUGAACGUCCACAUUAUAAGACGCCGACAUUGACGGAUCUGGGGUAGGUAGAAGAUUGGCUGUAAUUUUGCUUCCACCCGCUCCGCCGCCGCCCAGUGUAAGCAUGCCGGUUGAAUCGCUUUCCAAGGCGGGUAAGCAAUACGAGAAUUCGGAGACAUUGAACUGGGAAACCAACGACGUCCAGCCUCCGCGGGCGAGACCGGCCACCCCGUAGUUAUUCGUAAAUGUCUCACUCGAAUCCUUCUUGUGGGCCGAGACGAACUUCACGUUCUGGACCGGGACACCGUCAAAUUUAAAGUUGUCUGUGCAAACAUCGCCCGAGAUCAUCUUCGACCCGAUGCCGUAAGAGAUAGAGUAGGUGCAUUUUCCAUGAGAUGUGCACGGCUCUGAGUAUAUCUGGAAAGAGCUAGAGAUAGAGGAAUUAGUGUAAAGGCUAUUGAUCCAGGUUACAUCAUUGCCCGUGUCCAUAACCAAGCUCACUCGCUGCCCUGGAGUUCCGACCACUACAUCAAUCACGAACUCGCCGGAGCCAUGCCAAUCGGAUCUUACGCUGGAACUCAGGGCUGCAGCUGGUGUUAUUGAUGAAUGUGACGAUCCUAGGAGACGACUGAGCCUCUCAGUGUCGCGGUUUAUGGCACGUUGCACACGCUCCACCCUCGUCAAGUUUUGUCCGCCGCCGCCGUGAUCUCGGCGUCUCAGACCAAAGCCGACCCCUUCGGCGGCGGACCCCGUUGGUGUUGCGGCGGCGUAAUUCACCCCCAAUGUUGAAGCCCAAUUAACACCGAUGAUCACCGUUAGCCACAGCAUCACAGCUGGAAAAGAAGAAGCCAUUUCAAUUCCCUCAAGCUCCCCGUUAAUUCUGCCCUCGAUGGAUGAGCCUUAUUUACGGAUUUCUUUUUAUUGCUCAAAAUUUCUUAGUGACAAACUUUCGUCACACGGUAGUGGACCGAGAAUUUCACUGUAGAGGGGUGAGAACUAAAACGUAUAAAUAGACAUAAAAUGUUUGAUCUA